AAGAAUCUCAACAAGAGAAGUUUCAAGUUAUGCAACAAGAAGAAUCUCAAGUUAUGCAACAAGAGAAAUCUCAAAUUAUGCGACAAGAGAAUUUUCAAGUUAUACAACCAAAUGAAUCUCAAGCUAUACAAUAUAAAGAGUCUCAAGUUAUGCAAUAUAAAGUUCAAAUUACACUAUAUAAAGAAUUUCAAACUAUACAACAAAUUACGCAAGAUACUUCUUUAAUCAUGCAACACGAAUUUAAUUCUACUGCUACACAA